AUGGAUCGCUAUUAUACUCCUUCACCUCCCGACAACCAACAGAAUCUCCAGCACCCAGCCUCCCGCUUGAUCAACGACGUAUGGAAUAUCAUUGUCAAGACUGUAUUCAAUUCUGGACGAUGCCUUCCUUCUGACGAUGACUCCUCUUCUAUUACUUCGCUCAGCCCUCGUAAUGAUUACUUCAACGUCCGGGUUGACCAAGCCUCCAGCGCAGAAGCCGCGAUAUGUGCUGCCUCCCAAACAACCAGACAAGUCACCCUUCCCUCGCAGCUGAAAGACAUUGAACAUCUUUGGAAAACUUCCGACUAUGCAAGGGAACAUCCAAAUUGGCCAGCUUCACCUGCUCCUGCUGAUUUCGAAAUCCCAGCAAACUUUCUUGGGAAUAAGCCUGCAGAUUGGCUGUCCGAGCUAGAAAUGUUUAGGGAAGAGCUCAAUCAGAAACUAAAUCUAGCUAUGGCGAUCUUUAUUCACGAAGCUAAAAUAACAAGAUUCAACGGCCGGAUGGAAGACCUCAUAAAAUCCUUCACUCCUGGGGAAAAAGCUCGUGUUGUUCAUGCGUAUAUAGACACUGAUCUUACAGAUUCUUCGGUUGCUAGGAAUCAAGUCUACCAAAAGCUGAAAGGGAUGGGAUGGCUUGUCAAAGCUGUAAACAAAACAAGGAAGCAAGUGGGCAUGGUUGGAGGUUGUUAG